ACUCAGCAACGCUGGAACCCAUUUUAGGGGGCCUGGGGCCCCUCGUCCCAAGCCAGGAGGGCUUUGGGGGAGGGGUGCAACCCUUGGCAUAUUCCUGGUGUGGCCCAGGGGGUUACGAGGCGCCCAGGAGGUGAGGGCAAAUCUCGAAGGGGUAGGCACGAGUGCCGUUGUCUUUCCCCCACUGGGGGUACCUUGGGGCCGGCGGCGGAGAGGGGCCGGGAGGCCUCGAAGGCGUAGCCUGUGGGGCAGAGGUGGUGGCAGGGCGGUGUCUGGCGGCAGGGGCACCAUGACCACCAUCCAGUCGGAGACUGACUGUUAUGACAUCAUCGAGGUGCUAGGCAAGGGCACCUUCGGGGAGGUGGCCAAGGGCUGGCGGCGAAGCACAGGCGAGAUGGUGGCCAUCAAGAUCCUCAAGAACGACGCCUACCGCAACCGAAUCAUCAAGAACGAGCUGAAGCUGCUGCGCUGCAUGAGGGGUCUGGACCCUGAGGAGGCCCACGUCAUCCGCUUCCUUGAGUUCUUCCAUGACGCCCUCAAGUUCUACCUGGUUUUCGAGCUGCUGGAACAAAACCUUUUUGAAUACCAGAAGGAGAACAACUUCGCGCCCCUCCCUGUCCGCCACAUCCGCACGGUCACCCUGCAGGUGCUCAGAGCCCUGGCCCGGCUCAAGGAGCUGGCCAUCAUCCACGCCGACCUCAAGCCCGAGAACAUCAUGCUGGUCGACCAGACCCGCUACCCCUUCAGGGUCAAGGUGAUCGACUUUGGCUCGGCCAGCAUUUUCAGCGAGGUGCGCUACGUGAAGGAGCCAUACAUCCAGUCGCGCUUCUAUAGGGCCCCCGAGAUUCUGCUGGGGCUGCCCUUCUGUGAGAAAGUGGAUGUAUGGUCACUGGGCUGCGUCAUGGCCGAGCUGCACCUGGGCUGGCCACUCUAUCCGGGCAACAACGAGUAUGACCAGGUGCGCUACAUCUGUGAGACCCAGGGCCUGCCCAAGCCCCACCUGCUGCAUGCCUCCCGCAAGGCCCACCACUUCUUCAAGCGAAACCCCCACCCUGACGCCACCAACCCCUGGCAGCUCAAGUCCUCGGCUGACUAUCUGGCUGAGACCAAGGUGCGCCCACUGGAGCGCCGCAAAUACAUGCUCAAGUCGCUGGACCAGAUCGAGACAGUGAACGGCGGUGGGGCAGCUGGUAGGCUCACCUUCCAGGACCGGGAGGCGCUGGCCGAGCACGCCGACCUCAAGAGCAUGGUGGAGCUGAUUAAGCGCAUGCUGACCUGGGAGUCGCAUGAACGCAUCAGCCCCAGCGCCGCCCUGCGCCACCCCUUCGUGUCCAUGCAGCAGCUGCGCAGCGCCCACGAGACCACCCGCUACUACCAGAUGUCGCUGCGCAGCUGCCGCCUGUCACUGCAGGUGGAGGGCAAGCCCCCCACGCCUGUGGUGGCAGCUUCGGAAGACAGGCCCCCCUACUACCGUCUGGCUGAGGAGGAGGAGGCCGUGGGCCUGGGCAGUGUGGUGGGCAGUGGGCCCUUCUUCCAUGAGGAGAAGGCACCGGGCAUGCAAAGGGCCAUCGACCAGCUAGACGACCUGAGUCUGCAGGAGGCGGGCCAUGGGCUGUGGGGUGAGCCCCCCAAUGUGCUGGCCCCGCUCAAGGCAGCCGUGGCGGGGCUCCGGGUGCCCGACUCGGGCCCUGAGCCCAUCCUGGCCUUCUACGGGAGCCGCCUGGCCAGCCGCCACAAGGCCCGCAAGCCGCCCACAGGCUCCAAGUCUGACUCCAACUUCAGCAACCUCAUCAGGCUGAGCCAGGCCUCCCCGGAGGACGAUGGGCCCUGCAGGGGCAGCGGCUGGGCAGAAGGGGAGCACCGCGGGGCCUCCGCCAAGCCGCCCAGCAUCCCGAAGCGGGACGGGGACGGGCCGGACUUCAAGGACAUGACGAUGGACGCUGAGAGGCCAAGCCCUGAGCUCUUCGACCCCAGCAGCUGUCCUGGGGAAUGGCUGAGUGAGCCAGACUGGACCCUAGAGGGCAUCAGGGGCCCACAGGCUCAGGGGCUCCCACCCUGCCAUGCCCACCCUCAUGGUCCGCCCCGGGCCACCAGCUUUCUGCAGCAUGUCGGCGGGCAGCACUGAUGGUGACCCCACCUCUACCCAUCACUGGUGGCUGAGUUAGCUGGGCUGGCAUCCCUUCCUCAGAGCCAUCCCCUGACCCACAGAUUCUUACAGAAAGACAGUUAUCCAGAGACUC